AUGACUCAUAAAUUGUACCUUGAUGCUAUUGGGUCAGUGGAGUAUCGCAAAGAACUGCGCUCCUUAUUUCAUGUACGAGAGCUCACUGAGGCCCAUAUAUCUAUUGGCUCUGAUCUCUGCAUGGAUACAUUUGAGUUUUUUGUCCAUCACAUUGCUAGUAAAGUUACCACUAUGCAUCGUUCACAACCACGUAGUUUCAGUGUAUCAGACAUGCCACCCGAAAGACUUGCAAAAUUAAGACAUGUUGGGGGUUGGGCCAUUAGAAAGGAGCUGGAGCGUUGUCGCAGGUGUAUUUGACAAAACUUGUAUUCUCAAUCAACAACUACGCGUCAGAGUGUUUUGAUUGCACAUACAAAGUGUGAACUGUUGGAAGACAAUGUGAUUGUUCAGUACUCAUGGUUAAAGGAUAACACCAGGUUUUCGGAGUCCCUGGAAGUCACUGAGGACAGACAGUUCAGAGAGCGUGGCCUACUUCACAUAUCAGACCAAACAUUUUGCUGUUUCAAAAGAAUCGAGGAGAUCAGAGUGGCGGAGAUGAACAGAGAUUGGUGCCAAGGAAUAGAAGUGACUUCUUGGAUGUGGUAAUCGAAAAGAUUCAGUGUGAUGAAAUCCUUUGGGAUGCCUGGAGAGGUGCUUUCGAAGACCUUGGGGCAGACAAAGAGGUAUGGUCAUCUAAGAAGUCAUACUUCCUGAGUGCUAAUAUUAUGUGCCAUUUUCUGACAUAUUUUGGAAAUCUUUUUUCAAAUGGUGGUCAGAAUUAUUAGUUCAUGUUCACUAAUCAAUAGGUUGGACACUCAUCACUCUUCAGGAAUGGAUAAGAAAACUAAAAAGUUCCAUUUUUUAUAUAACUCAUAUUGUGGUGUAUAACCUGAUGUGACGGUAAGUUACAGUGAGAGUGGAUCACAAUUUACUGCAGUACUUACUAUCACUUAAUUAUAGUGUGGCAGGUCUCCUUUUAUCUUCCGCCUGACAUAGUAUUAACACUGAAAAUUUAACUGACACUGUCUAAAUUUGCUAAAUUCUAACUUCCUAACAUUACAAUGGUCUAGAAAUAGAUCUGGCAGCUAGUUUACACGUGUUCUAUGGCUUUCUUAAACAGGUUUUAGUGAGACAACUUCUCAAAGAUGUCAUCACGAGAUGCAUGAAGAUGGCUACUUGUCAAUUCCUAAGGCAUUUUCGUCGUGGUUAUAAGCUAAAGAAAACUGAACACCAGAAACGUGUACUUCAAAGAAAACAAGUUGAAACUGAAAGGAAUGACCACCCCAAGUUUGCCACAAUGUUG